UUAUUUUUUGUAGAUUUACUAGGAACAAAGUUCCACAACUUGAGACAUUUAUAAUUAAAAAAUAAUUAAGACAUUUUUAAUAUGGGCAGUACAACAAAGUUUGUUGCUGAAUUCUGUGAUAUUAUAGAUUCCUAUGGAGGGCGGGAUAAGGUUAUGAAAGCGCUGUGCUACAGCGCCAAGCUUGUAGCUGGCUAUCAUCUGAAGCGGAAUCCCGAGUUGGCUAAGCGCUAUGCCACCGCCAGUUCAAAGAUAUCUGGAGCAAGAGCUACGCUACGUCUUAUCGAUGACAUACCAAUGAUACAAUAUGCUUUGGAAUAUGGGCUGGGGGAAAAUGAACCGGAUCGCAUUAUGGCAAUACUUGGCGUGACUGCAAAUAUUGUCGAUUUGCUAUACUAUCCGAUUGAGAAAAUCUGUUGGCUGUCUGAGCAUAAGAUUGUGGACGUAAAGCACGCUGACAAUUGGGAUAAUGCCAAUUCAGUAUUCUGGGUGCUUUCGGUUUACUUGAACCUAAUGCGCACACUUCGCAACUUUUGGCUGAAUCAGGAAAAGCUAAAUCGCAGUCAUGAGCUAUGCAGCCCUACGAAUAUUGAUGCCAAAUCGCUGGCCAAACAUCGUCUGGAGCUUAUGUCUAUCGCCCGCAUUUCACUGGACUUUGUGCAUGCCGUCAGCACCCUGCCCAAAGGCUACUUGUGGGGUGGCAAAUUGUCCACUUUUCAAGUGGGCGCCAUCGGAACACUAUCAGCUGGCUUGGGCAUCUACCAAAUCUUUGCUAAAAGAAGACUUUGCAAAUAAUUCUUGUGGUUAUCAGGGCCAAUAAAUAUUCAUCAGCAUUUGUAGCUAGUCGUUAAGAGGAAAUGUGGAAUUUUCAAGAAUUUGUAUAGUUCUUAAAUAUGUAAGCACAAAAUAUAUAAAUUAUUAACUAGAAAGUAUAA